CGUUCAUACUCAAGCUCCGGCAUACUACAACGUUAUUGCGGCAUCGGCCGGACAGGCACCUAAUACAUGAGGGCAAUAAUUUCAGAUUGAUGGUCUGUUUGUCAGAUUAACAUUGCGUGAAUAUAUCACUUGCAUUUCUAGAAAGACUUCAUUGGAGAUCGAGGCGGCGGCGGCUCCAAGAAGACAGAACAGCGUUCAAGUCGAGGAAUUGACACGGUGUUUCUUUUUCCGGUAAGUGUCCGCCGAGAUAACCGAUUUUCAGUGUUCCGACAUUCUUGACACCUUUCCGGACUGUUGUCGGCGAUUUUACUGCAGCUUCCGCCAACAUCAGGAACGUACAGUGCAAUGAGAGCUGCUCGGCAACAUGGACGAGAGGGACACCCUUCCCACUGAGGUGCUACCUGUGGUCAUCAUCGGCAACGGGCCUUCUGGAAUUUGUCUUUCAUACCUGUUGUCGGGUUACAUCCCAUACCUGUCACCAGGGGCAACACAUCCUAACCCUCUGCUGCAGGGCAAGCUAAGAGAGCAGCCCCAUCUCUCUCUGUUGGAACAGGACCUGGAGUACCUGUGUGAGGGUUUGGAGGGCCGUUCGUCCAAUCCCAUGGCGGUGUUGUUUGACUCUCUGCUGCUGCCAGACAGUGACUUUGGUCUGGAUCACGCAUCCCCUCUGCAGUGGCGCUACGAGCCCCAGCGGGCCACGCCUCACCUGGUGCUGGGCAAGGGUCUCCCUGGGGGAGCCUGGCAUGCCAUGGAGGGCUCCAUGCUGACGCUCAGCCUGGCUAACUGGAUGGAGCUUCCUGGCUUGAAGCUGAAGGACUGGGUCAGAGAGAAGCGCAGGAACGUGCGUAACGACCGUGCUACCCCUGCGGAGAUCGCCUCCUACUACCAGCACUACGUCAGGCAGAUGGGCCUGGAGGGCAACUUUGCCUGCAGCACCACCGUCACCUCCCUGGAGCGUCAGCCCAGCUCUGCCCUCUGGAGGGUGCAGGGGCUGCAGCGUGGCGCGGGGGAGGAGCUGGAGGGCGGAUGCCACGACCAGGUGCCCUUCACUGUCCUGGCUCGCAACGUGGUCCUCGCCACGGGGACCCACGACAUCCCCGCCCGUCUCGGCGUGGAAGGGGAGGGGCUCCCGUUCGUGUGCCACAGCUUCUGGGAGCUGGAGGCGGCCAUCGCCCGCGGCGAGCUCAACCAGGCGUCCGAGCCCGUGCUGGUGGUGGGGGCGGGGCUGACGGCGGCGGAUGCAGUGCUGGCGGCUCACCACCUCAACACGCCGGUGUAUCACGCCUUCAGACGCUCCGUCGCCGACCCCAACCUCAUCUUCAACCAGCUGCCCCGCCUGCUGUACCCAGAGUACCACAAGAUCCACCAGAUGAUGAGCCAGCAGCAACACCAGCCCGGCCCAGACCCAGGACAGCCCCUCCCCCCUGCCAGCCCACCUGACUCCCCUGGCCCCUCCUAUUCCGGCUAUCUGAGUUUCCCCAGGCACCGGGUCCUGGCCUUCAGGCCAGACAGGAAGUGCGAGCUGGAAGGGGAGGGGGGCCGACGUACAGUCCUGAAGGUCUCCAUGGCGCUGGUGUUGAUUGGCGCCCACCCCAACCUAUCGUUCCUUCCGGAGAACGGCCAGUCCUUGGGGCUGAACCCUGAGGAGCCAAUCACGUGCCGGCGGAACCCCCUGGAGGUGAACCCCUACACGUACGAGAGUGUGACGGAGAGCGGCCUGUACGCCCUGGGGCCGCUCGUAGGGGAGAACUUUGUCCGCUUCCUGAAGGGAGGGGCGCUGGCCAUUGCUAGCGACCUGGCAAAGAGACAGCAGGUUGGGGAGGGGGGCGUGGCCUUGGCCAGAGGGGUGGAGACACUGACAGAGUCAGCCUGCAUGCUGAGCUCAUAGACACUGGACUGGGCUGCUAACCCUAACCCUGCCUCUUGCACUAGGUUGGGCCAGGGUCCUAGGCUGAGCCAGGGUUCCUAGGCUGAGCCAGGGUUCCUAGGCUGUCUAUUUCGUUGCUAGGCAGCUGCUGUUUCGACAGGUCAGGUGACCAGCACAGGACGCCAUGACUGGGAUGACCUGCUUAAAUAUUGACUCUUCUAACUCCAUCAGAGCACCAUCGCUGUCGAGGUGUUUGUGUCCCAGGUCCCUCCUGACCUCUCUGUCUGCUGGGUCUGCAGUACGGUCAGGGUUGUGUUAUUCAUGUGGAAUUCCAUCACUACAGUUGCCAUAUGUUCAACAGUGGUAGUCCAAAGGAGAAGGCAGGGUUGUUGACCUGUAUGUUUUCUAUGGGAUAUCAAUGUACGUACAUUUGCUAGGCUAUAAUAGUUAAACUUUAUGAAAAGUAAUCAUGAAUAUGGCAGCAAUAGAAUAUCUCCACCGCCUGAAUCUGUCUCUAGAGAGCUCCUUCAUUCCUGUUACUUGAAUGUCUGCGCUUGGAAACCUGUUUGUUUAUCAAAACUGUUUUAUAUAUAUAUUUUAUAUCUUAAAUCACAUGUACAGGACAAAUGAAAGGAUUUCAUUGUAUUAUUUAUAGUAAAGCAGCAUAAAACAGGAUGUUAAAAUAUAAUUUUCAGCCUCAAUUUAAAAAAAAGAAAUUUGAAUUUGUUAAAAUUCAAUGGUCAGCAGUGUGUGUGUGUUGGUCAGCAGUGUGUGUGUGUUGGUCAGCAGUGUGUGUGUUGGUCAGCAGUGUGUGUGGGUCAGCAGUGUGUGUGUGGGUCAGCAGUGUGUGAGUGGGUCAGCAGUGUGUGUGUGUGGGUCAGCAGUGCCUCUGCAGUGGUGCUCUCUCAUCCUCGUGCCUUAAUGCCUUCCAGCCCCCGGCACGCUGUCUACUAAACAUCCGUCACACUAAUCACUGUUCUAUACUGUGUCAUACCUACAGUGCCUGUCAAAAGUUUGGAAACACUGUCUUUGAGAGACACGUGGAUUGAUAGACUGAUGAUAUUGUUUAUAUGCAACAAACUAGGUAAUUUAACGGUACUUGGACCAAAAUGUACAGAUAUUGUAAAAAUGUAAUUUUCAUCAAAUUGUCACCUCAGGCAAUAUUUGGAGAACAUGCUAACUCAGAAUAUACAUGUAUGUUAACUGCCGUACAGACAGUGAUUGAAUUAAUUCUUGCAUAACAGAAUGAUUGAAUACCAGGUCUCACUUUUUGUGUCUCACCAAAAAAAUUAUAAGCCUAAAUGUUUCCAAACUUCUGACAGGAACUGUAUUCAGCCAACUGUAACCUGUAAACACUCUUCCUUGGGGGAAGGUAUGGGGGUUCUACCCUAUGAGAGGUUGGGGUUGGUUGUGGAGGAGAUGGAUGCAGAACACCGACAUGCAAAUGCGGGGUAGAACCAUUGUGGGAACCCUGCAGACCAGGAGAACCUCCAUGAGGAACCCAGAAGAGACUUGAGGGGUGGUUCUCGGGAGAACCUUACAGUGACAUUUGAUUAAUUCAGCAGACGUUCUCAUCUGAAGCGACGUACAAAUGUUGCGUGUAGAAGGAACAGCAGAAGAUUGAGGAUCAGAAGUACAUUGUUACUCUCACUCCUUCCCCUGCCUCUGAGAUCUGCUGCUGCUAGUUGGUUCUGUCUAAUGUUAUGACCUUUAUGACUGGGAUGUGUCUUGAUUCAUGAAUGCAGUUUUUUUUUGUUUCUACAUGCACUACAAUGGUUUCCAGUGGCUCCAAAUAAAUACACUGUUUUCAACA